AGGGAGGAGUGGUUUGUAGAGGGAUCUGAUCUCAUGACUUCUUCCUCCCCUCCCCCCUGUCUGGUGUUACAGCCGGGCUGCCUGCUUCCCUGUGUGUACUUGGCUAAUAUAUAUGGACCGAACCUGGAUCAGGGGGCUUUCCUGUCGAGGGUAUUGGAAAACGUACUCUCUUUUGGCGGUCCUUGUUUCAUCCUUGGUGGCGACCUUAAUGUUGCCCUUUCUCCAUCCGUGGACACUUCCUCAGACCUCCACUGUAAAAUCUGCCAUGAUUUCCUGGCCUCGUGUGGUUUUGUUUGGAGAUUCCAUCACUCAGUUUGCUUUUGAAGCGAAUGGAUGGGGAGCGACCCUGGCUAAUAAACUUGUAAGGAAGUGUGACGUCCUCAACCGCGGUCUAUCCGGCUACAACACCAGAUGGGCAAAGCACAUUCUUCCAAAGCUGAUCGCCAAAAGCUCUGAUUCUGAAACCAUUGCUGCAGUCGCCAUUUUCUUUGGUGCUAAUGACAGCUCCCUGAAAGAGGAGAACCCUCAGCAGCAUGUUCCUCUGGACGAGUAUGCAGACAAUCUGAGGACUAUGAUCCACUAUCUGCAGUCUUUGGACAUCACACCAGACAGACUCAUCCUGAUUGCUCCACCACCCAUCUAUGAGCUGUCCUGGGAGAAGCAGUGUUUUACGAAAGGGUAUAAACUGAAUCGUUUGAACUAUAUAGCCGGGGAAUAUGCCAAAGCCUGCGUUCGUGUUGGCCAAGAUUGCGGCACUGAGGUUCUGGACCUGUGGACAUUAAUGCAGGAGGGGGGUCAGGACUAUACAGUUUACCUGUCAGAUGGGCUUCAUUUAUCUGACAAAGGUAAUGAGUUUGUGGAGUCUAAAUUGUGGCCAAUCUUGGAGCAGAAGCUGGGCGAUCUACCCUUCCUUUUUCCCUAUUGGAUGGAUGUGGACAAUAAAAACCCAGAGCCCUCUCUGUUCCCCAACUGCACAGAGAAGAAAGAAGAGAAGAGCUAACCAAAUAGCCAUACGACCACUGUGGAUGUAGACUGAGGAAUUCUGCACCCAGUGUCCUGCUUGCAGAUCUGAUACCAUCUCUCUUACCAAUCCUUGCUGUUUUCACACUCCCACGGAAUGUGGUACCCAAAACUUUCCAGUUGUAUCAGGCCUGCAGUAAGGUGGUGGGAGAGAAUCUAUCAGCAUUGGAACUUUCCGAAGAAAAUGGCGGAUUUCUGUGCAUUAAUCCUACAAACAUCUCUUCAAUGUUAGUGGCAAUAAUAAUAUGACACACCUAUUAGGAAAUUAAAUUUGCUGCAUUGGGUUGCACUGAAGAGAAUUAAAGAAAGCACUUUAAGAUAGUUUCCAAGAAAAUAAAGUGGGCCCCCAGCCAUUUAUUUUUUUGUUAA